UCUUACGCAAUGCCCGAAACACAAGGUUCUUUCCUUCAUUAAGCAACUCCUAUUGUAGAAGUUAUCUGACGACAUCGGUUACGUUUACAGAAGUACCAGUUGAAAGAUGGAUGAUGAUGACUUUGGAGGAUUUGAGGCAGCAGAGAGUUAUGAGUUUGGAAAUGGUGAAAAGCAGACCACAUCCCCUGCUAUUGCUUGGGCAGCAUUUCCUACAGUACCUGAAGUCCACAGAUCUCCUGAUGUUCUUCUGGAGCACUCUGUGCCUUCUUCCUGCCUGGCUUCUUCUGACUCAUUCAUUUUGUCAAGUGAUAAUGUGGCAACAGCUGUUCAAACAGCCAGCAGCGUGAUAAAUCCAGCUGUUCUUGAAGAACAGAUUCCAUCAGAUAUUCCAGUCGCCUCUUCAAAUGUAAUGGAAGGCAAGACUUUAGUUACAUCAGCCACUGCUUUGAUUGAUGCUGAGACACAGAGAACAAAUGAAGCGAAGAGCUGCCUUCAACAAGCUGUUGCAAACCUAGAAAUCAAGCUUUGCACUGCUGAAGAAGAAAAAUUGAAAAUUAAAAAGGAAUUAGAAUAUUUGCUGGAAAAACAUAGUGUUUUAGAAAUGGAUUUCCUGAAGGAAAAAAAAGAAAAAGUACCACACCAAGAUCAUUACAAGACACUCCAGGAAAAGCAUAAGCAGGAAUUAGAAGACAUGAGAAAAGCUGGACAUGAAGCCUUGAGUAUUAUUGUUGAAGAAUUCAAGGCACUGCUACAAUCUACAGUUCAGCAGCAAGAAGCAGCUAUUGAAAAGCAGUAUAUACUAGCAAUUGAAAAACACUCUCACAAAUGUGAAAAGCUUCUUAAUGCUCAGCAUCAACGACUUCUUGACAUUCUGGAAGCAGAGAAGGAAGUCUUAUCAGAAAAGAUAGAAGAAGCUUUGAUGCAGCAGUCACAAAAGCACAAGGAAGUGCUGGACAAAUGUUUGGAUGAAGAAAGACAAAGAAGUAAGGAGGCUGUGGCAGCUGCUGCCAAGGCUGAGAAAGAAGCAGUGCAGGAGGCUGUUCUGAAAGCAGUAGAGGAGGAGAGGAGGAAUAUGGAGAAGAUUCAUGCAGAAGAAAGAAAAAUGUGGGAAGCAGAACGUGAUAGUCAUAAAGAGAAGAUUGCCCAGGCUGUUUCAGAAGCCAUGGAGGAACAAAGAAAGCAGAAUCAGGAAAUUGUCAAGGAAGCAUUAAUGGAGGAGCAGAAACGAAGUGAAAAGGCAAUUGAAGAAGCAGUGAAAAGGACAAGAGAGGAACUGAUGGAAUAUAUUAAAGAACAGAAAAGGGUUCCUCAUUUUUCAAUAUUCUAGGAGAAGAUUUUGUGAUGAAAACUAGUGUCUUAUA